AUGUCUGCCGAAAUUCUCACCUCAGUGAACCUUGAGAUCCCUGACGGUCAAGCAGAGGACGUCGAGGAAGCGGCACAAGACACACAGGAGCUGGAUGUCGAAGACUCUGGUAGAGACUUCGGCGAAGAACAAGGAGCUCACAAGCAGGAUGUUUCUGAGGCCGAGGAUGGAGGCGAUGACGAUGCUGACGCUGAAGACGAUGAGACGGAAGGAAUUGUGGGACCCUUCAUUUCCUCCAGCAAUACCUUUGUCCUGUCCCAGCUCAUUGUGGCAGUAUCAUAG